AUGUCGCUUCUCGGCGCGGCAUACGAAUUCUUCUUGCGCUCCUCUCAGUUCAUGUGCAUAUACGACAGGAGAGAGAACAGGUUUGUCGAGAUGAACCAGCGCAUGCGAGACCGAAUGCAUGGUACGCCAACCGACGAUAUCAGCGUGAUUGCUGAUUCUGAGGCGGAGACGUACAUCACGGUGUCGGGAAUCCCCUGCAAGUGUAGGGUGGUUCUUGCCCUGGAUGAAGACCUGUGCGUGAUGGAGAUGUUCCCGGCCCACACCAAGAAAUGGACGCAGUCGUCAGACCUCAUCCAGCUCACCGAUCUCGCCUCCGACGGCGUGUGGGAAUGGUUCCCGUCUGUUAAUUUCGAGUAUAUGAGCAAGCGCUUCUGGUCUAUCCUGGGAUACGAUCAGCACGAUAUGGACGAGACUCCGCUGGCCUGGAUGGACUGCUUGAACCCCGAUGACAAGGAAGCCGUGCUGGCUAUGUUCGAGGCUCACAUGAAGAGCGGCGGAGCGUCCCCGUACCACAGUCGCGUGAGGUACACUCAUAAAGAAGGACACGAGGUCGUCAUUUUGUGCAGGGGCAGCAUCGUAGACUGGUUGCCCGAUGGCACACCGUGGAGAAUGCUCGGGACACACACGGACGUGACAUCCAUCGUCAAGAAGGAUGCUGUCGAGGCUAAGUCCGUCUUUAUCGCCAGGAUGUCGCACGAGAUUCGGUCGCCCAUUUGCACGAUUUUGAACGAGUGCGAGCUCCUCGGGAUGAACGCGAGAACCCGGGUCAUACUGGACACAUGCAAUCAGCUGAUAACCAUCACAGACAACAUCCUAAGCCUGGGGUUGUCGAAAGAGCCCACUCUCAGGCUCGUAUUGCAAGAAACGGACGUGUACGCUCUCCUCCAGAGGUGCUCCAGGAGGCACAGGCUGGAGGCGGGAAAGAAGAACAUACGUAUAAGGGUGUCCACGGAGGUCAUGCCAGACUCGCUUCUUGUCGACACGGGAAAGUAUAACCAGAUCCUUGACAAUCUGGUUACAAACGCCAUCAAGUACUCGGACGAGGGAACCAUCAACAUCGACGCCGAGUACGACACCGACACAUCUAAGCUCGAGUUGAGGGUGUCGGACAAUGGUAAGGGGAUACCCGCCAACAUGACCACGGCAGUGUUCGAGGAAUUUGUUCAGGGGGACAAGACGAUGAGUGGGGCCGGGAUAGGACUCGCCCUUGCUAGGAAAUAUUCCAAGAUCAUGGGGGGAGACGUGUGCAUCGAGCGUUCCGAGGUGGACCACGGUACAACCAUGCUUUUCACGAGCAUCCUGAAAGAACCGGAAUCCCCAUCACAAUCGACCAAGUGUUUUGACAUCCUCUUGGUAGACGACAUGGCUACAAACAGAGCGAUUCUGCAGCGUCGGCUGCACAGCCUGAGCACGUUGGGCAUGAAUCCCUCGGCGAUCCUCGAGGCGGUGGAUGGGCAGGAGGCGGUGGAUAUAAACCAGAUCCUUGACAAUCUGGUUACAAACGCCAUCAAGUACUCGGACGAGGGAACCAUCAACAUCGACGCCGAGUACGACACCGACACAUCUAAGCUCGAGUUGAGGGUGUCGGACAAUGGUAAGGGGAUACCCGCCAACAUGACCACGGCAGUGUUCGAGGAAUUUGUUCAGGGGGACAAGACGAUGAGUGGGGCCGGGAUAGGACUCGCCCUUGCUAGGAAAUAUUCCAAGAUCAUGGGGGGAGACGUGUGCAUCGAGCGUUCCGAGGUGGACCACGGCACCACCAUACUUUUCACGAGCAUCCUGAGAGAACCGGAAUCCCCACCACAAUCGAGCAAGUGUUUUGACAUCCUCUUGGUAGACGACAUGGCUACAAACAGAGCGAUUCUGCAGCGUCGGCUGCACAGCCUGAGCACGUUGGGCAUGAAUCCCUCGGCGAUCCUCGAGGCGGUGGAUGGGCAGGAGGCGGUGGAUAUGUUUGUGCAGAGGAAGGGAGACUUUCAGCUCAUUCUCAUGGACUGUCUGAUGCCCAUCUUGGACGGGUUCGACGCUACCGUGGCCAUACACAAGGAGUGCAAAAGGCUUGGCCUGGAGCCUGUGCCCGUCGUGGCAGUCACCGCAAGCGUGAGCCCCGAUGUUCAUGAAAAGUGCUUUAAGAGCGGAAUGGCGAACGUGGUGACUAAACCAUACUCGGAGGACGAACUCUUGGCGUCCAUAAGGUCGUGCAUGAAGAAAUAG